AAUUAAAGUCUGGAGGCGGGAGCUUCAACAAUAAAUCAUCGACAUUUUGCAUUCAGCGCAGUAUUCACAGUAUUCGCAUAUUUACUUCCAUUACCGUCUCAAGGGGUUUCAAGACGGAUCCUGUCACUUCCAGUGUUUAUCUUCACAAUCUCAUUCCAUAGAAACUAUCGCUUGCCACCUUUCGCACGAAUUGUCCUCCACAAUUUCUUGCGACUCCACCUUAAACCACCUCCCAUAAAACAUGCGACAGACAUAAAAUCACACUCAAUGGAUCCUCCGCCGCGGCCGUCGAUGGAUCGCUUCCGGAUCCGUGUUGCUGUCUUUUCUCCAGAAGAGGCUCAUAAUCUGGAGGCAGUCCCGAAACAUACUUUCGUUAUUGCGAGGAGCCAGCAUUUCCCCCUCCAAGAUCUUCCCCUCCGCGAACUGCGUGACGUUGCGAUAAGAAGAUACAAGGACAUAUACCCCCAGGAGUCGCUGUUCCAAAUCGCCCAGUCUACAGAUGCUUAUGGCGCCGACCUAUACCUCAACGAUCGCGUGGGCGACAUAUUCGCGGACAAUGAAGUCUUGAGAGUUAUCAAGGGCUCAUCUAUCAGAGACUCCCUGCCCCCAGACUACGUGAAUGGGAGAGCCGGCAGUGUCCAGCCCAGCUAUCCACUACAGCGAAAGCGAUCCCCCGCCACUUCGAAUCUCGGAGACAAUUCAAGGGCUGGCAAGAGGCAAAAGGUUUACAGGCCAGACGAUCCAGUCCCGUCACGCGAGCGCGACCCAUCCGACUCCGAGGAGGAGAAUGUACUGCCAGAAGACAUACUCAUCGACGAGGUCAUCCCCGAUUCGCAGGUAAACGAGGUCGAAGAUGUCGCUAGGCAUAUCAAGCAGGAGAAGCCCUCCCAAGCAAGCCGGCCAAGUUAUAACCCGCCAUCUCCAGUCCUAGGCUACAGAGACGAUGGGGGAGUCGUUAUUUCUGACUCUCAGGGGAAAGAAACAUCAGGACGAAAUACCACCCGGCAGACCCGUCAAUCACUUCGAAAUACCACCGAAGCCCGGGAAGAUCUUCAAAUAGCUGCAAAAGCCACCCCAAAACCGAGCAAUGGCGCAGCUCGCCGUCCGUCAAAUAAAAGGCGCGAGCGGUCUGAUGACAUCUCGGAUUUCGAAGAACAUACGUCUAUCACACCGACCAUCACGCCGUCGCGAGGAAUCUCAGAUACUUAUAGUGAUUUCGAGACCGACAUCGAACAGCCUUCCAGUUUUCUCAGGCGACGUGGCCGCGUUACUCCCCUGCGCAAAAACAAGAAGGCCUCACCGAUCUCUGCAAAGCCGAAAGUAAUACAAUAUGGAAAGAAGGCAGCAACUAAGAGCAAAGCAAGCGGUUCAGACAACUCAACACCUAAAGCAAUUACACCAUCCACUCCUGCAAUCACUCCUCGUUCGGCAAGUAUGGCAAACAGUGGCCCUAUACUGCCAGGUAUGACUCGUCAACCCGAUAGUGCUUCAACCGACAACGUCGAUGACAAGAGUGAGGAGGGUGUGGACGCAGGAGCCGAAGAGGCUGCACAAGAGGUUUCAAGGCUUACAUCUGAAUCGGCGGGAAAGAAACGCGCCGCGGAACUAGAACAGGAGAGUCGUCGCACAGGUCAAUCCGAAGGGAGACCAGAAAAGGCAAUGGAUCAGGCUAGGAUUGAAAGAGAGGCAGUCGAGAAAAAGAGUACUGCUACAGCCAUUGCUACGGCAAAGAUAAAGGCAGCUAAGAGAAGGAGAGUUGAUGCUGCGCGAAAACGAUUAGCUGAGGAGGAGAGGCUUAAGGAGGAGGCGGAGAAGGAAGAGGAGGAGGAGGAGGCGGAGAAGGAGGCUGAGAAGGAGGCUGAGAGGGAAGCCGAGAUGGAAGCCAGAGCAACUGAGGCGAAGCUCAAACGGGAUCAUCUGCUUGCGGAGGAAGCCCGAAGACAAACGGAAGCAAAUGAAAAGGCCGAAGCCGAGGAACGUGAACAAGCCAAGAGACGAGAGGCAGAAGCGGCAGCAAAGGCGGAAGCUGUGAAGCGCAAAGAAGCUGCCAAGGGAGAGAAAGAGGCCAGUGACAAGAAAGAUGCAGAGGUAGCUAGCGCCCGCAAGAGGUCUACGUCUGCCAUAAGCCCAGGAGGGAUGCUUGGUAGGGCUGUAGCGAACUUCAAUUCCGAGACCGCGAGCACUAGCCCUAGUGCAAAUGUGGUUGAUAUGCCGCCACCUCCGGCAGCUGCCCGCGGCCGUCUAUCAAUGUCGCCAGCUCUUACUCGAAAGAGAUCUGAAGAUAUCAGAUCUACGCCAAUUCUCCCCCCUCGCAGAUCUAGUGACAUCAGACCGGCCUCGUCUGUGGAGCUGGGUCCGGCUGCUCGACGUGUUUCCUUCGCAGAGCCAUCGCCGUCCGUGGCGGGGAAGACGCCGAGCAGGGCCACUCAGUCUCCGGCUCCGGUUCAAACACCGAAGACUGUGAAUGGGAUCCCGAGCUUCCGUCAAUCCAAGCUCGUGCCACCAGGAACUGGAGCCAAGUCGGUUACUCCCAAGGCUCCCACUCCUUCGAGUUCCCAAGCGCCACCGUCCGGGCAACAAGUUAAAUCAACGCCAACGCCAACCCCGAAAACCCGAGCAGAUAUCACUGCUGCGUUGCUUAAUACUAUCAACAAAGGGAGCUCAUCAGCAGUGAAGGCGGCAGCGGCUGCAAAACCAAAUGCCAUCGCUAUCUCCUCUGAUGAGGAAAGCAGCGAUGACGAAAGUGUGGGCGAACUAGAGUUGCCACCAUUGCCUCCGCCUUCAUCUCAUUCGAUUGCACAGAGUCAAAUCGCAGCAAGCGGUGACAAUGCUAAUGACACGGCUUCCAAUACCUCCCGUUCCGCAUCCGUGUCGACAAACAGGUCGCAGCGUGAGAGCCGCUCACCCGUACGAUUUGUCAACUCUAGCUUCCAUUCCAACGCAGCCUCCUCUACCCAAUCAUUCGAUGGAUCCCGCCGAGCGCAACAAGGCCACUCAAAUGGGAGCGAGACAUCCGAUAAAAGUACUUCGGGAGAGUCAGCUUCAGAAGACGAAGCCUCCGAGUCGGAACUCUCACCAACGAGAUCCAAACCUACCAUCCCAUCUUCUCAAAGCGCCGCAUCUCAGCGCAUUCUCCCACCGUCGUCGAGGCUCUCACAACUCCGCGAUGGCUCAACAACACCCAAACCUCAAAACGUCGGCGCUAGAAAGGUCAGCAGCGGAAGCGACGCAGAAACAUCCGUCCAGAAGCUGCUGGAUAGUCAGUUGACCGAAGAGUCGGUCGCAAGCUCUGCACCAGCCAGGGGUCAAGCGUCUCCAGCACCCAGCUCGUCGCAAUUCAGCGCCAGGAAUUCCUCUACGCCAGUGCCAAGGCCAAAGCUCACCAACGGCAACACCUCAGAUAGGGGAACACCACGCACGUCCGAGAGACCGGCGGGAAUGGCCAGCAUGCCGUCCUUGAAACUACGAACAGAAGCCGCCUUGGAGGAAAGCCACAGGCGGGCCGAGAAAGCCCGCCAGGAGGGCGAGGCCAAAGCAAAGGCUCUCAAGGACGCCGAGGUGGCCGACGCAGAAAUCACGGAAGAGUCGGAGGCCGAGUCAUCUUCCGACAGCGACUCCAACUCGGAUGACGGAGACGAGAGUAACUCGGAGGCCGGCUCGAACGAUGACGUCGAGAUGGGUGGGAUGGGGACGCCGAAGGCCCAGAAGCCAAAGGCCAAGGUGAACUUCUCGGGACUGAGCAAGAAGUUUAGCAAGGGGUUAGCAGGGCGCCGCUAGAUUCACGGAGUGUCUGUGGCAGAUGCAUUAUGUAUUUAUGAUUGGUACUGUUUAAUGUUUAGACAGUUCGGAUGUCCCGAAGGGUCGAAGCCGAUUUUCUGUAUCCGAGGGUCGGGUUGACGGAAUCUCAGCCCAGGGUUGGCGAGAAGGGUCUGUCUGCGUUGCCGGAGAGGGGAGUGAGACAUGUAUUACAUGUCAUACUGUAUUGGAACCAGAGCGGGCCCGGGUCAUCGAAUAGCAAGCAGGAUGUCAUUGAUGAUGAGCGACCGGUGUGAUGGAUGUGCCGUCAUAUGGCAGCGCUAUGGAAUGCAGGAUGAGAGAUGACUGGACCAGCAGCACGGAAGUAGACAGAAAGGACAUGCAAAAGAAAUGCAAAGAAAUGCACCGCAAAUCCCCCCCAGGGACCCUUUUCCUUCGUCGAACCCUGCAUGUCCGCGAGCCUAUCGUGCAUCUCACAUACAAAAAUCUAUCACAUCUCACAAAAAUUCGGGAGUAAAUUCCACCCCACAGCCCAACAUACGACACGGAAACACGGCGGAGAGAGGGGGGGACGGAUAAAAUGCGCUUUUCUUUUUUGUUUGCCCAUCUACCACCAAUCCUGCAGGGAUAAUCGGCUUGUACCUACCACAUACAUCGGCGCACCCUUUUUUUUUUUCGCCCCAAAACCAACCCUCUCUCGCUCAACCCUCGUCCCCGGCGGGCGACCAAUACCGCGGCCCCGUCUCCCCGGGCCCGGCUCACCCAAGGACGCGUUAGUGCUGAGACGGCACUCUGGUUGCUGGCGUCGCGGGGGCGAUGGUUACUGGUCAGACGCUGCUUUGGGACUACCGACCCGCUGAACUGGGCAGUGAGGCGCGGGUGUGUGGUGGGUUGGUGUGGUGGGAAGGGUGUGGUUGGUGGCUUGGAAGA